AUGACAGCAGGAGCUCUGCACCUCUGGGUGCUCCUCGCGCUCCGGAUGAGGUGCGUCACCCUCCUCGCGCUCCCUCUGGACAGGGAGACGGCACCGGGGAGGGAGCACGGGGUAGAUACUACGGAAACGGUGAGCAAAAAGCUGGAUGGGUUGUUACAUUUGAAGGAUUUACCGCGAGGACCGGCCUUGGCUCCGAACAAAAAGGCGCCUCAGUUCAUGUUGGAUCUUUUUAACGCGGUGACGGUUUCCGAAGGGAGACCCAAGAGCCAGAAGGAGAUUCUGGAAGGAAAUAUAGUGCGGAGUUUUGAAGAUAAAGGUAAUUCUGGAGAGAGGUUUCACUUCUUCAAUCUGUCCUCUGUGGGCAGAGAGGAGAGAAUGAUCAAAGCAGAGUUUCGUUGGUUCAGAAAGAAACAGAAGUUUUACCUCGGAAAGUCAUUUGGGCCUCAUUUCUACAAGGUGGAUCUGUACGAGGUUCUGGACAGCCGAGUGAAGCCAUGGAGAGGAAACCUCAUCACCUCCAGACUGGUGCCUCUGCACACGCAGGGAUGGGAAGUCUUCAAUGUCACUCAAACGGUGUCAAAAUGGAUCCGCAACAGCCAGGAGAAUAACGGCAUCCUGGUGGUGACCACGCUGCCCUCUGGGAGCUGGAUGCAGUCAGCGAGGUCUCCGUCAUCCAAGAGAAGCGGAGAGCUGACGGACACCAACGCCUACCUCGUCCUCUUCUCCGACGACGGGAGGACAGGAGCGUCAAACCAGUCGUUCCUGGGUCAGCCUCACCCUGCGGCCCCUGAGUUAAACGAUCAUCACAGCAGGAGGCGGAGAGCGUCUCCAGGUCAGCCUCACCCUGCGGCUCCUGAGCUCCAGGACCCUCACAACAGGAGGCGGCGAGCGUCUCCAGGUUUCCCCCCCCACUCCCGCUCUCAGUCCUGCCAGCGAGUUCCUCUCUUCGUUGACUUCGAGGAGAUCGGCUGGUCCGGCUGGAUCAUCUCUCCCCGCGGAUACAACGCCUACCACUGCAAAGGAUCCUGCCCCUUCCCUCUGGGGGGCAGCCUCAAAGCCACCAACCACGCCACGGUGCGCUCCAUCAUGCACGCCCUCAAACUGUCCAGCGACGAGGUGGAGGCCCCCUGCUGUGUGCCCGACAAACUGCAGUCCAUCAGCCUGUUGUACUUCGACGACGACGAGAACGUGGUUUUGAAGCAGUACGACGACAUGGUGGCGUUAAGCUGCGGCUGUCACUGACACACUGACUCCUUCACACUGAGACAAUGAGACCACGCUUUGAGUAAAACACUGUAUUUUUUCGUGCAUAUGUGUAGAUAUUGUAUAACGUUGAGAAAUAAAACGA